AUGAAGGUGAAGAAGGGCGGCGGCGGGGCCGGGACGGGGGCGGAGCCCGCUCCUGGGGCCUCGGGCCUGAGCGUGGAACCAAAGCCGGAGCCGCCACCGCAGGCGGAAUCCGAAUCCGGGUCCGAGUCGGAAUCGGAGGCAGGCCCGGGGCCCAGGCCAGGGCCGCUGCAGAGGAGGCCACCGAUCGGGCCGGAGGACGUGCUGGGGCUUCAGCGGAUCACGGGCGACUACCUGUGCUCCCCGGAGGAGAAUAUAUAUAAGAUCGACUUCAUCAGGUUCAAGAUUCGGGACAUGGACACAGGCACUGUCCUCUUUGAAAUCAAGAAGCCCCCGGCUUCAGAGCGGUUGCCCAUCAACCGGCGGGACCUGGACCCCAAUGCUGGGCGCUUUGUCCGCUACCAGUUCACCCCUGCCUUCCUCCGCCUGAGGCAGGUGGGAGCCACGGUGGAGUUCACAGUGGGAGACAAGCCUGUCAACAACUUCCGCAUGAUCGAGAGGCACUACUUCCGAAACCAGCUGCUCAAAAGCUUUGACUUCCACUUUGGCUUCUGCAUCCCGAGCAGCAAGAACACCUGCGAGCACAUCUAUGACUUCCCCCCUCUCUCUGAGGAGCUGAUCAAUGAGAUGAUCCGUCACCCAUACGAGACACAGUCUGACAGCUUCUACUUUGUGGAUGACCGGCUGGUGAUGCACAACAAAGCAGACUAUUCCUAUAGUGGGACGCCGUGA